AGUCAUAUGAAAGAUGUUGCUUCCUAAUGAGCGAAUGACUAUUAAAGAAAGGAAACAUGACUAUCUUUACGGUAACUAAUGAAGCAUUUAUUUGGUAUUCUUUCGUAGAUCCCUUAUACAGUCUUUCAAGUGCAGCUGACCAUGAACGGGUUGCAACUAAAGAUCAUUUAGAUGUGUCGAAAAUGCAAAAAUUGUUCUCCUUUCAGAAUUUGUUCAGUGAAGUACCCAUAUAUCGUCCUUAUAUAUGGCGUCUAAAUCCAAGUGAUCCCGUACCUAUGUUCAUGUCUAGGUAUUUUCACCCUGUAGAUGUUUGUAAAAAGUUAAUCCAAAUGUAAGAAUUUGAAUCCUUUAAUUCUCAAAGGAGUCAGCUUAAAAAAAACAAAGAUCUAAUGAUUGGUCAUGUGUUUGAGGGUAUGGAUCGGUCGAAAUAUUUCACCCAUCAUACCUUAUCUCUUUGUCCAUAUCCUUCAGGAAAUCCGAAAAUUAUGGAUAUUACGUUGGACUCUUUAGUAGGAAAUCAAAAUAUCACCCAAAUAGAUCUAAGGCCGAAACGACCUGUCUAUAUAUCACGUUAUGUGCAGACAAUGUAUCGUGAUUCAGAGGCGCAAACUGACCCAUAUUCUCCAUUGUAUGUUGUCAAUACAGGGGAAAACCUUGAGACACUGAAAUUAACUUCGUUGAGUUAUGGAUAUGGACUUCCAGUCGGAUUAUUUGAUGUUGAAAGAAUUGAACGUGCAAGACAGAGACGAGAAAUUGAAGAAAAUUUACCGCCGUAUAAAGAUAUUGCAAAUAAUCUGGUACAAAUUGCCAAACGACGUAAAAUUUUGGAAGGUUUAGAAAAUCGUGAAUGGUACUUCAGAGAAAGAGAGGUUGAAGCAAUGCAAGAAGUUCGACUAAAUGUAAUCGUUCAACUUUUGCGUAGACGUGAACAACGUAAACAAGAAGUCAUAUCUAGGCGAUUAGAUCAGAAAUGGAGCGAAAGUUGUGCACAGAAUGAGACAAAAUGCAGAGCUAUAAAAUAUCGUUAUAUUGGAGAGUUACGCAAAUUAUUGAAACUUCGGUUAGCUGCUAAAGAAUAUAAAUUUAAACGUGAUAUGAUAAUGGAUUAUGCUAAACCAUCAUCUCAAGUUUUUGCUCCACUCACGCGACUUGGUGUAUUUCCAGAUCGUAGUUCUGAACGUUAUGUUGUAAAAAAUAUAUAUUCAUCGCGUUAUGAAGGUCUACUUACUUUAGAAGCCAGAUUGCCUCGAUUUGCAUUCCAACCAAGAAUUAGAUUACAACAACCGAAACUACACACAAAAGAUGGAUUUCUAAAACGUAAAUAUCGCCAUCAAAAAGAAUUAGCUGAAUUACACGAUUAUUUGCAAAAACCCUCAGUAAGUGAACGAAAUACCGCUCUAAGAAAACCACGAUUUUUACAAAAGAUUGAAAAACCUAUGCCACGUCCAAUAACAUCAGAUUAUAUAACAAUAAAAAGUGAAGAAUCUGAAAGACAAGAAGUAGCUGUAAUUAUGUUGCAACAAUUAAUUCGCGGGCGUGCAAUUCAGACUCAAAUGUAUGAGGGUAAACGAAAACGUAGUGAAUUAAUUGCUGAGUCAAGGUCAACGCAUGCUCUGUUAGAAGAUGAACAAGCUCAAAAAAAACGUGAAAAAUUAACAAUUUUAACAAAACAAGAAGAUUUGGGUUAUCUUUUGCAUCAAGAGCGUCUAGUAGAAGAUAUCUUAGGACAGUUUGAAUGUGAUAGUUUAGCUAAUAUGUUAGAUUUUCUAAGUAAAGAAUUGGAUCGUCUAAUCGAAGAGCGACGUAUACAUGCAUUAGUACUAAUAGCAGAACGUCAACGUCGUAUACGAGAAGCGGAAGAAUGUGGUACACGUCAAAAAGAAGAGCGCAGAAGGAGAGAACAAGAUGAAAUUUUCAAACAGCUUGUUAAGGUACACGAAGAUACAGUUGAUAGUUAUCUGAUAAAUAUUGCUGGCUUAGCUGUAAAUAGUGCCGCUGAUUACUUAGCUAAGGAAGAAAUUUCGACAUUAGCUCAAAAAAUUGAACAAGCUAAUCUCUAUGAAUUAAAUCGUGGUGAAUUAGAAACAAAUGAAUUAGCUGCUGAAUUAAUACAUAAUUUCUUAAUACCGUUUGUAAGUUGUAUGAUAUUAAUUGUUUUGAAAAAAAAUGUUUGUCUUUCUUUAAAUGAUAGUUUUUUUUGUUGGCUGGCAUCAAAUGGAAAAUCACUAAAACCAGGAAGCAUUGGCAGUGGUUCUCAUUUUUUAGACCCGUCAACAUUACCCAGUCAUUACCCCCCCCCUCACAUGAGAUUGAACCCAAAACAUUAGGAUCUCUUAGCAUACAUAAUGCCUUAAAACCACUCAGUCACUGGUUCACAUAUCAGACUCUAUUCAGUCAACAAUAAAGUUGAGAUUGUAAACCGUUAAAGGUCGAUUCAGGAAUCUUAUAGCAAUAGGUUUGUUAGAAAAUCUGAAGUUUUUAAGUUAAACUUCACAGCUGGUAUUAGUUCACCGGUUGAUGUCAUUUCAUAAUGAAGAUUAUUUUUAGAAAUUAAUUAAUCUCCAUAAAACGCAGCUGAACAAAAAUGUUUUUAGUGUAAAGAUUUUGUGGAAACCUGUCUAAUUUGUUGGUGAUCUUCUUCAAAGAUUGACGAUAGUUGAAUGUAAUCAUAAACUUAAUAUUUUUAUACUUCAAGAUGAGUUUUUGAACUUCUGGUGAAAAAUCAUAAUCACUGAACUUUAGCUAUUUCAUAAAUAAGACUGUCUUCACUAUUGGCUAUAGAUGGAUGACAUAGUGUGAUUCGAAUUGCGUGAAAUUGGAAUUUAAUGUUUAUUUGAUGAUAAACUAAUGGUCCGCUGGUUACGUACUCUCAAGGAACCCCGAAGAUCUCAGGCCCUAUCUCUGGUGUAGUCUGAUCAUCACUGAUGAGGAAUCUCAUGCCAGAAAAGAACAAUGCUCCUGUUUUGAAUGUUAUCUUCAACUGAUUUUCUGUUUAUACCUAAAUAAAUAAUUACGAAAACAAGAUUCUACUUAAGGUAGCUUGAAAAAGAUGAAUUCUUUAUUCAUGAACUGACAUCAACUGAAGAGUUGUUAGAAAUUAGUCUGUAUUGAGAACUAUCUAAUAUUAUUGAUCUCAGCACUCUGUCUCACAAAGGAGGCCUACAGCAUCACUUACUUACUCACUCCUGUUGCCUUUCGUGAAGCAGCAUAGGUCGCCCAUCAGCGUUUUCCAUCCAACUCUGUCCUGGGCAAUCACGGGGACCAUUUGAUGUUUUUACUUCACAUGAUUGAGAAUCAGUGUCAGCGCUCUAAUUUCCGUAAAUUUGUAACAUAUAGCAAAAAACUUCAUACUAGAAUCGAUGGAAAUUCGUCUCCACACUUAAUUUUGUUGACUCUACAAGUUAAUUUUUAUUAUCACUUUCAGAAUAAGUACAUAAGAUUCUCUAGUUGUCAAUACCAAGGUUGAACUUGAUAGUCUAAAGUAAAUUGAGCAUUAGGUAGAAAGUUAUUAAGGAUAAAAUAAUUAUACUAAAAACGCAAAGAGAUCUCUUUUUAGCGAAUUUAUUAACAAGCUGUACAAUCGUUUAUCUGUAUGAAGUUUUUUGUUAAAGUGUUAUGUCCCGAUAAGCAUAAUGAAUGGUAACUUUCGCGAUCCAUUUAUGGAUCAAUACUAUGCGUAUAUUUUUAUCGUAUAAUUGUUAAAUAACUAAACUGUUCAUAUUCAUUUCCCUCUUAUUAUAAGCUUUAUUUUAACCUACGAACUAUUAUUAUACGAUUUACCAUUCUUGAAUUAUGCCCUGGCCAUUAAUUACUACCUCCCACAUUCACAGCCACAUUUGGCCAAAUCUUGUAUAAAUGUUGUUUCCUAUUUUAUUGGUACGAUGUGGUCUGUCUGGUUGCUAAAUAAACCGAGUAUGUUUGAAAUAAAUGAUUCAUAUUGCAGAGGCU